UCCCGUAUAUUUUUGGCGGCACCUCCGACAACAAAUAGCCGUGGUCUUUGUCGUCAAAGCUACACCUAUAUCACAAAAACUACUGCACUCUAGGCAGACUCAAUAAAGUUACACAAGUAUUGCGCAAACAAAACACUGAAUUUCCUCAGCAAAGAUGCAUAAAUUUAUACCAGGAAGUAACGUACAUGUACGCAUGUAGUAUAGGAUGCCAUAUGUUGGGAUUUUCACCGAGCCUUCUGCAGUCGGGACCAUGUUUCUCAAAAUUCAUUUUCGGUUUCUAAUUGUGUUCUUUCUCAGCGUUCGUUCUUCUGAUGAGAAACCGUCGCAGCGCACUGUCUUUACCAUGGUAAGCAGAGACAAUGACACCUUCGAGAUCGUUAUCCAACAACACGAGUGUCCAGAGAAUUACUUCCUCCAUAAGCUUGCACCUGGAGAAUUCUACCUUCCGAAUGGCAGGGAUAUCACGGAGGAGACGGCGGAGUUGUGUCUCAGAUGCACGAGAUGUGACGACGGAGUGGAGGUCAAAAGAAAGUGCUCUCAGUACCACGACAUAAUUUGUAGUAGAAAUUGCCAACAGCCGGGGUACCGAUUUGACGAAGGGACCCAGUCAUGUCAACACGAGAAGGUCCUUGACGAAGGCUACAAUCACGAGGAGCUGCGGCAGUGGUUGGCCGAGCAGGAUGCAAAGGAGGCGCGUACGCGCGCUAGCGAUUUGGUGUCAGAAGUGGGAUCCACUCAGAGGCCUGGAUUUACACGGACGUCUCGCACCAGUGCUUCUGGUAAGGUGUUGUCGACGCGCGCUACCGAGGAGUCAGUAAGACCAGAUAUGCUUAUGCCAGUAAAAGCAUCGCUAUAUGAAAAAGAUGAUUCAGAGGAUCAGAACACCGGCACAAUCAGCUGGAUGUCUUCAGAAAAAAAGCCAUCAGGAGAAACAAGAGAGGUGUUCCCGGUCGAGGCAAACCUUGACGACGGUUGGGGAUAUCAAGACCUGCUGCUCAUCGCCUCAGGGACUCUCUUUGUGAUCGUUGCCAUGACCUAUGUAUAUGUCGCCAUUCAAAGGUUUCGACCACAGUGGUUCAGAAGGCGAGAUUGGAUGAGGGCGCCCUCAAUCCCAGUGAUUCGAGCUGAGGCAGGCAUUCCCAGAGUCAGAGCCAGCGCGCCACCGACAUCGACAGUUGUACGAAUAUUAAGCCCGAAUAAACCGAGCAGCGUCCAAACCGUGAAAUAUCACCCGAUUGCGAAUGACCCGUUUGCAAAUACUUGCCGAGUUUGCAGCGUCCGCUCGACUGGAGACGAGGAAAGCGAUGAAUGGAUGAGUGUUGUGGAUAGUGACGGGGAUAUCUUGGAUUACGAUUCUGAAAUGGGUUCUAGUGGUGACGAUUUGGAGGUUGAACUGGGGCAACAUGGGGGAAAGGGAGGGGCAGAGAUUGGGGGAGGGGCAAGCGAUGGAAAUGAGGGCGGAUAUCUUGUUGAAGUCUCAGUACAUUCGCCUGCUCAACACGAAGUAUGUAUUGAUGUCCAUGAUAGUGAUGACGUCAUUUUGUGUGACGUCACUGCAAGUGAAGGGCAAGCAGUGAAAGCUGGAAUUCAUGCAAUUGACGAAGAACAAGAUGGCGGCGAUGAUGAAAAUUUUGGGGAAGCAGAAACUGAAUGUAUCAGGAAGGUGGCCCGAUCAAACGAUCUGUGGUUAGCGCGAGUUCGUAAAAAGUUUGUUCUGCAGGUUAUUAAUGAGCACGAUGAAACUGAUUCCGACAAAAAUGAUUCCGGCUAUCAGAACUUGCUCUUUGAAGAUUUGGCAGGAGUGGAGGAUGGUGGUAUGAUCACAUCACACAUCCACGAUUUUUCUGUCGUUGAUGAGUCUGUUCUUGGUGGGUGUGGCGACGAAGAUGUUAGUGAUAAUAAGAAAGCACUAGAUGAGACGGGGGAGGAUGACUCGGAAACAACUCAAGCCGCGGCGGGGAAGACUGGGUCAACAGAAGAAGCAGUCGAAUUCAAUAGUGAAAGAGAAAGAAUCGAAACUGAUGACGAUGAAGAGAACACAAAUGAACAAGAAAGAAUCGACACUAGUGAGGAAGAGAUAACAGAUAAAAGAGAAAUGCCGGUAAUCGAUACUGUCAACGAACAGAUCCCAACUGGAGAAAUAAUCGAUAUUGCUGAUAAACAAAUCACAAUUGGAGAUGAACUGAUCGCAGAGCAAGAAGAAAUAAUCGAUACUAAAGAUGUACUGAUCCAAGUUAGAAAUGAAAGUGUCGAAGAUGUUGAGGAACAACACCUCGAGUUGAAGAACGGAAGAGGCGAAAGAGAAAAAUUGGUGACCCACAUCGACAGAGUUCGUUUGAUAAGCAAAAUUGAUGUUUUCGUCUUUGAGUUGCUUUCUCAUCUUACUGAUUUUACCGUUUUUCGCUUUUCUAAUCUUCGUACCUGUCAUCAGAAUACCAUGGAUGGUAGUCCUCGUGAUGAAUUGUGUGGUUCAACCGACCUGUCAGAGACUAACCUGAUGAAUACAGUGGUCUUCGUGGUUGUUUCGUCCCGACCGCAUUGGAUCAGAAUCGAGAACGCUGACAAGUCUGUGAAACCUGCUAUUCUUGAGACAGAAUCUGCAACUAGGAACAACAUUGACCGCCCUGAUAAGGUAGUAGCUACAUUUAGAUUCUUCUCAUGGGUCGGUGAUUGCGUAACAUUUGUCCAGAACUUACCAUCGCCAGUCAAGGCACGUUUGAGAGAAAUCUUUCAGAGAGGUCAGACUGAAAUGAGAAACUUCGGACAGGUGCUUGAGCAGUUGGCAAGAUUUUGCAGAUCGAACACCUUGGAAGAAAAGACUAACAUAACUAAAUAUGAACCGAGGCAACGCAAGAAGCCUAAACUUGAUUCGUCCUUACAGUGAUUAAUCUCGUUAUUUCUUCAUUUUUGUUGUUGUCAUUUAUCAAGUUUUCAUCUUCAUUUUCCUCAUCUUCGACACUGAGUACAAUUGUUGAGCAAGUUCGUUUACCAGUAAGGCACUGAUUUCAGUUAACUAACUUGGUCAGAGAUAAGUUGGGAUAUUUAGAAAAAUAUUGUCAGCAGUGUGGCGUGGCGAAGAUAUUUUUCGAGGGUGGGGAUCAAAAUGUUAUGACCGUUCUCUUCAAUCAAACAUUUAUAUAUUUUUCUGGAUAGCGUUGUGACGUACACAGGCGUGAUUGCAGUGUUGUUUCAAAUCUUUUUGAAGCGAAGCUUGGUCCCUCGAGUCUCUCUUUUUUUAUCCUCUCAACAAGAGAGAGCACUGGGCCCUCGUUUUUAUUGCUAAUUUCAAAUUUGUUAAGUACCUGAGGGCGUCAAUGGAUAAUGUACAGGUUUUUAUGACAUCGAUUUACAGUUCAGUGCGCUCUGCCAAGAUGUUACCAUGGAGAGGCAGUGCAUUAUGGGAGAUACUUGCAGUUGGCAUUUUCACACUGGCAGUUGGAAUAGACUCGUGUGUUAUUUCAAGCCGCAGCCAAGUAAUUCGGACACAGCCUAGUUAUUUAUGUUAGUCCAAGAGGUGCCAGCCUAGUAGCCUAUUUGAGGUUUGGCAGACACAAUAGAGGGCGCUGUUUGAUUUGGGUAAAGUCUUUUGUACCCAGCGCUAAAAAUAGACUAACAAUCCUCUUUGCACCCGACUAACUCACUGCCUCACCGACUGUCACUGUCUUGUGAAUUAAACUUGCCUAAGCCUCACUCUGUCCAAGAGUCUAACCCGAAAUAGGUUUAACUAGUAAUGGCAAUGGAUGCCAUGGGCUAAAUAGCCCCAUUGUGUAAACCAGAAUGUAUGAAAAGAGUAAAAUAUUAUAUAGCCAUUCUAAAUCGACUGAAAAAAGCCUCUGUACUGAUUACGUCACACUUUGUUUACGGUGCUUUUCUAUGGGGCUACGAAACCAUGGUCCUCGAGCACCAGGCUCCCAUAAGAAAACACACGUGUAAACAAAAUGUGA